GUAGAUAGGAAUUGCUAUUUAUAGUAGUAUUUGUAUUAUUUGGCAUCGGAUGCGGGAUAGACGUCAAUCUCAAGGAUUGAGCUGGUUAUUCGUGCCUUUACUAGCUGAAUAUUCUUACUUGAAUAGAGUACGCAGGAAAAGUGGGUUUAACUGCAGUACUCUUCAUCUCAAGUUUCGAAGGUUGAGGUUCCACGUGAACGUUUCCAAGAUGGAAGCUGCUGGUUCUCGAGACACAAGUUUACUCAUUAUUGGCGCUGGAGAAUUGGGGAAGAGAAUUGCGUUUCAGUGGAAAAGUAGAUUCGCAAGUCAAAGUAGAGUAGUAGGAGAAACGCGUACUUCUAGGAACCAUUCGGAACUGAACCAGAUGGGUGUGGAGCCUCGUCUUCGCCAGGACCCUCAACCAGAGCCAUUUUCUUACGUAGUCUUCUGUGCAAGUCCAAGAGGUAACUCUAGUUACGUAGAUGAAGUGAGAAGAGCAAUAUCUUUGUGGAAGGGAGACGGUAAUUUUGUAUUUACUUCCAGUGGUUCGGUCUAUCAACAGAAUAAUGGUGAGAUGGUUGAUGAACGGACUGCCACUGCAAGUGUUCAAGAUUCGAAUGCUUCUUCUCAAGCUCUGUUAAUUGCUUGUGAGAAUGAAGUUCUUCAAUCUGGAGGUAACGUAAUUCGUCUGGCUGGUCUAUACAGCAAAGAACGUGGUGCACACGCGUAUUGGUUACGUACGGGUCAAGUGAAAGGCAAUCCAACGGCGCUAGUUAAUCUGAUCCAUUAUGAUGAUGCUGCAAAUUUAGUUAUUUGUGUGCUUUGUCGCCAAGACUUGCGCAGUGAGAUAUUAUUGGGUUGUGAUAGUCAUCCUAUUUCUAAACAGGAUAUUUGUCGAUGGGGACAAAAGUUGGAUAUUUACAGAAAUCUACCAUUCCCUAGUUUUGUAGACAAUCACGAUAGUGGUAAAGGGAAAAUUUAUAACAAUACUUUUACUAGAACAACUCUUUCUGAAUGGAGUUGCAAAUACAAGUCAUUUGAAGAUUUUGUUGUUCAACAAAAUUCAUCGUCAGUUGGUAACAAAUGAAACGACCGAAGGUUUAUACUCUUCAAGUAUUAUUCUCCACUGCGUUGUUUCGGUAGAAGAAAUGGUUUGUUUUAUCU